AAGAAGAAAAACAUGAAGAGCAAGGAUUUUUUGAUAAACCUGAAAUUGAGGAAGCAAAUCUUCAGCGCCCUCAUACCCAAGCUCAUCAUGAAGAAUUGCAACCUGUUCAAGAAUUGCCUAUUCACGAAGAAGGAUUUCUAGAUUUAGAUGUAGAAGUACCAUGGCCAGUCCCAUUUCCCGAUAACAAAAAACAUCGUGUAAUAUGGCAAAAUGGAAUUCGGACUGCAAAAGAUAUGUUCAAGGUAGAUGGAGCCGAAUAUACUUUCUCAACCUGGUUUACAGAAGCUAAAGAGAUAGAUUUGGCUAGUGUAAUAUUAGGAGCAGAAAAUGAAGAUGAAGCUAUGCAGAAGGUAUAUUUACAAUGCCUAUAUCAGAAUUAUUCAGAAGAAGAAGAAAUCAAUAAAAUCAUAAAAUUGGUAGUAGAUGCUUAUAGAGCAUCAGAUAAAAGAAGUAAAGCCUGGUUAGAACACAUGGAACAAGAAAUAGAAUCAAAAAAAUUUGAGGCUAGAAUGACUGAAAAGCGGGCUCAAGAAAUUUUAAAUGCGAUCGAUAAUGGCGAGUUCUUAAUAAGGGUAAAAUUCAUUCGAGAUGAUUCUGUAUAUGGAGAUAAAUCUCAAACAAAGAUUGCUUUUAAAAUUAUUGAUAAAUAUGAGCCUAUUCGUGAAUCAAAAAAGGCAGGAAUAGAUGAAAAAUUUUUGGUUAGAGAAGUCAGUGAGCAAUCUGAGCGAGGGCAUGGACUCACAGAAAUUCGUUGGCAAAAAAUAAAUGAUUGGGAGAAAAAAAUAUGCAUUUCAGGUGCUCGAGUACAAGAUGUAGCAGAGUUAGAAAAAAUUCUUAAACGACCGAUUAAAUUACUUGAUAUAACUCAUGGUACUAUAUUUAAUAGUGGAAAGUAUCGAUCAGGUAAGUAUGAAGAAAUCGGAAUGGUAGUUCAUAAUGGCCAUGCAUUUCCAAGAAACCAGCACUUCCCAAGAGAUCGAAUGGUCGAAUAUUAUAAGGGUGAUACAUGGGAAGCUAUCAGUAAUACCCUCAGGGGACCUCAAGCAAUCUGGCUUAUGGGAGUGGGGGAUACAAGUCAAACAAUAUCCCAGUUUGUUCUAGAAGAUGGUCGCACAUUUAGAACAUGGAAAAAGCAUACAGAAAUUAUAGAAGCAUGCAAACAACUAAUCAAUGAUACAAUAGAUUGGCAAUAUCAGGAAGAAAUAAUCAAUAAGGAAAAGAAAUUGAUUCUUUCAGAGUCUCUAAAAGUUGUUGAUUUAGCAGAACAGUAUUCAAUAUCUGGAAAAGUAAAUAAAAAUAUAAGGCAAGCCUGUGUCGAGCAUAGGCAUGGUGGACGCUGGAAUGUACCCGAUUAUCACGUCAAUGAUGUCGUAUGUAUCGAUAUGAAAGAAUGUUAUCCAGCAAUUGCGGUAAAUAGAGAAUUGCCGGAGGAUGAUAUUACUGGAUUUGCGCAGCGAUUCCCGUCUGGUACGGAAAACAUUUUGCGUGUCGAAGUGGAGAAGGAUGUGGGAAAGAAAAAGGAUGGGCACCUAUU